AAUCCAAUAUCGUCUGUCUUCCAUCUUUUUCUCUCUCUACCCAUAAAAUAUCUCUCUCUGCGAUCUGCGGAUACAGAAGUCAAUCAGUUGAUACACUAUCAGUGAAGAGAUCAUGAGUUAUUAUAAUCAGAAUCAGCCGCCAGUGGGUGUACCUCCGCCUCAAGGUUAUCCGCCGGAGGGCUACCCGAAAGAUGCAUAUCCGCCGGCUGGAUACCCGCCGCAGGGGUACCCGCAGCAGCAGGGGUACCCGCAGCAGCAGGGCUACCCACCCCAGGGGUAUCCUCCGCAGUACGCCCCCCACCCCCAGUACGGCCAUCCGCCGCCGCAGCAGCAACACCACUCCAGUGGCAGUACCGGAGUAUUGGGAGGAUGUUUGGCUGCUCUCUGCUGCUGCUGUCUCCUUGAUGCAUGCUUCUGAUGAGUGAUUAAAGAAACUGUGAAAAGGGGAUUUGCUUCGAGAAUUGAGGCCUUCUGAUUCCUUGAUGCAUGCUUCUUCAUUCUAUAUGCCAAAACCACCAUCUUUUUUCCAUGUUCUUUCCCCCCUUUAUGUAAUUUCUGGACUUGACUUCCAUUUGUGAGUAAUGAUUUCUUUUUCUACUGGUGUAAAUUUCUAUUAAUGUAGAAAAUUGUCUUUUUUAUUCUAGGCGGUAUUAUAUGGUUCUUCUUCUUGCUA